GAUGGCGCUCCUCCACGGUGUCCUGUGUCAGGUCUUCAGCUGGACAGGGCUGGGUCUUGCUCUGYGGGGKGUCGGAGCAGGCCUGGUGGUUGCAGCUGCAGCUUGGACUGCGAGGCUGCUGCUGCGUCACGCCUGGUACACUCACAGAUUGUCCUGCUUCAACAAGCCACGGACACGCUCGUGGCUGUUAGGACACCUGGGUCAGAUGCAGAGCACAGAGGAAGGUCUCCAGCAAGUGGAUGACUUGGUGCAGACCUACAAACACUCCUGCUGCUGGUUCCUGGGUCCUUUCUAUCACCUGGUCAGACUCUUCCAUCCUGACUAUGUCAAACCUUUGCUGAUGGCAUCUGGAAACAUCACAGUGAAGGACGAGCUUAUUUAUGGCCACCUGCGUCCUUGGCUGGGACAAAGUCUGUUGAUAAGCAACGGGGAGACGUGGUCCCGCAAGAGACGACUGCUGACCCCAGCUUUCCAUUUUGAUAUCCUGAAGAACUACGUCACGACCUUUAACUCCUCCACUAACACCAUGCAUAAUAAGUGGUCUCGCCUGGUAGCCGAAGGAACGACCAACGUUGAGAUGUUCCAGCAGGUCACUCUGAUGACCCUGGACAGUUUACUGAAAUGUGCCUUCAGCUACAACAGCAACUGUCAGGAAUCCAACGAUGAGUACGUGGCAGCCAUAGUGGAGCUCAGUGACCUGAUCAUUGAUCGCCGCUUUAAGAUUUUACACCACUGGGACUGGAUCUACUGGAAAACUCAGCAGGGAAAACGGUUCAAACGGGCCUUGAGUGUUGUACACAGUUUCACCAGGGAAGUGAUUCAGAAGCGCCGCGCCCUCAUAAGAGAGCAGAGGGAGACACAAACACAAACUGAUUUGACCACAACACCGCAGAAGAAGAAAGAUUUUGUGGAUAUUAUACUACUGUCAAAGGAUGAAGAUGAACAAGGCCUAACAGAUGAAGAAGUACAGGCUGAAGCCAACACCUUUAUGUUUGCAGGUCAUGACACAACAGCCAGUGCCAUUUGCUGGACGCUGUAUAAUUUAGCACAACAAUCACACCAUCAAGAAAAAUGCAGACAGGAAGUGAUGGAGCUGAUGCAGGGACGAGAUGGACAAGAAAUAGAGUGGGAGGAUCUGUCCAACCUUCCGUUCACCACCAUGUGCAUCAAAGAGAGUCUCAGACUCCAUUCACCUGUUCAAGCUGUAACAAGGAGGUACACUCAGGACAUGACGCUGCCUGAGGGACUCUCAGUACCACAAGGUAUAAUCUGUUUGAUCAGCCUAUACGGAACUCACCACAAUCCUACCAUCUGGACAAAUCCACACGAGUUUGAUCCUCUGCGUUUUGAUGCAGCUAACGCUCAGAGUCACUCUUCUCACUCUUUCAUCCCGUUCUCUUCGGGCCCCAGGAACUGUAUUGGACAGAAGUUCGCCAUGGCUGAGCUUCGAGUUGUUGUGGCCUUAACCCUGCUCAGGUUUCGCCUGACCCCAGGUGUCAACCCUGAAUCAGAGAGCAACUCUGCRGAAGUGCGGCGUCUCCCCCAACUUGUUUUGCGUGCCGAGGGAGGGCUGUGGCUGCAGCUGGAGCCGCUGGAUAAAUGAUCAAAACAUUUUACAUUUACCAGUGCAGUGAUGAAAAACUUGUUAAACUGCGUGCUGGUUUAAAUCUAGUGUAAUGAUUAGAAUAUACACAUGUUGUAAAAUGAGUAUUGUAGGAAAAUAUUUUAUUUUUGGAGCUUUUUGUUUUAUCCUGAAAGAUUUUUUAACAUUGAACUUUUCAUGUGUUUUGAAACUAUUCAUGUGUUGUUUUCCCCCACUGUCUUUAUUAAAAUCCCUUUUAUGCCAUGCUCCUGUUUAACAACAUUAUGCAGGUAAAAUAACUGUUUUAUCCUACUGCUAUUUUAUUUUGAUCAGUUUUUAAUGUGUUCUAUACCUCUUGGCUAGU